AUGGACCACAUGUCUCCCAGGCUGAGAACCUUCCUUUCUGAACCCAUUGGAGAAAAGAAUGUUGCCUGGGUAGAUGGGGUGAGCCGUGAGCUUGCAAUCAAUCUGUGCACCAAAGGUUUCAACAAGGCCUACAUCCUGCUGGGACAGUUCCUUCUGAUGCACAAGAAUGAAGCCGAGUUUCAGAAGUGGCUCAUUUGCUGCUGUGGUGCCACUGAGUGUGAGGUGCUCCUGCUUCCUGUAGACCCUCCCCCCGCACUGCCGCUAGGAAAUGAUACCUCUGCACUGGCUCUGGGCUCCAACACCCAAGCCAGCCGCGUGGUGAAAAUGAACCCCGCUGAGAAGGUGUUCAGGCCCCGAAGGGCGGGCACGGACAGCCAGGUGUCGGCCAGCCGCGUGCACCCAGGCAGUGACGGCGGGGCACACAGCAGGGCAGGACACUGA